UGCUGCAAUGAAUCGCCUAAGCACAGAAGCUCCGUGUUUUUUUUAUUAUUUACUUCACGUUUAGCUUAUUUCAUGCUGAUCAGAUAGUUUGUGCUAGAAGACUGAGUUAGCUCAGUUGUGCUACAUGGCUAACGUGAAACCUUAUGUGAAUGUGUACCGUUUCGAGGCGGUGUGAUUCAUUUUACCGUUAGUCAACUGACUAGUUUUAAAUUGCUAAAAACGAGUAGCGACAUGAAAGCAUUAAACGAUACAAAAGCAUAUUAAACAUGCGAGUUACAGCCGUCUCGUGUCUCUAACAAGGACAGAAAUGCUAAGUAGUGUUAGCAUAGCGGUUACCAAUGGAGACGGGAGACGCCUAAUCAGAUUUAGUUAGAGUUAGCUAGCUAGCUAGCUACAUGCAAGUUUUAACGCUAGCAGGAGAAAGAAAAAAUCAACAUGGCAACAAAACCGAAGGCUAAAACCUCUAAAGGUUCAUUCAGAGAUGAUGAUUUGCUUGACAGCUUGUUUGAUGAAAAAAAACAACCGGCAAAGGGGAAAGCAACUCGCGGAGGGCCACUGCAUCGCACAUAUGCCAGUGAUAACAUCUUCAGUAUGCUAGCAGAGGACGUAAAGCAGGACGGGGGGGACAGUGAGGAAUCCGAUGUCUCAGCAGCUGACCCCACCGUCCUGCUGAAGAACAUGAAGGACAUGGAUGAUAUGGAUGCUGACCUUUUCUCAUCAAAGAAAAAUCCCCGUUCGGCUCCUGCACAAACAAAGCAGUCUGGUAAUGAAGGGCCAAAGAAAGACUCUGCUGUGUUAGAAAGUAAUGUAAAACCAGAGGGAGCAGAUGAACCCAGCAGAGGAGGGAAGAAGCCAAACUCUGCACCUUCAUCCACGACCCGUAACUACAAAAAGUUCACCUUCUCUGAUCUAGACGACCCCCUGUCUGAUCCCCUCGAUGACUUGCUUCCAGAUGAAACUAAGCCUGAAUCGAUACCCAGCCACCCCAAACCGGAAAAAACUGUGCCAUCUCCUUCGGCAUCUCCCUUCCUGAAGAGGGAAACAACUAAGGCGGCAAAGAAGGGUGAGCUCGCCUUAGAUGAUGAGGAUGACUUCAUGGAUGCACUCGGGUUUGACAGCGAUAAAAGCAAUCCCAAGAAAAAAGAGACUCUGCUUUGGUCUACCAAGGAAAGGGGCGACGCCCCUCAGAGAAGCGCCCCUCGAACUAGAAUCACUGAGAUUCUGGAGAGUUUCACCUCACCGCAGCUUCUGGAGCGACCGCCCACGGGUGAGAGGAAGGACCAGCUUCAGUCCCAAGAGAGGCAGCAACAGGAGAAGACAUUAAAAGAGCCACUUGUAGAAGAUGACCUCACAUUCACGGCCUAUCAGCCGACUGUGGGAUCCACUCCUGAAGGGCGUCAUUCCCGCAGACAGUCUGUCAGAUUCUCCACAGAGGACGUCAGUGCCUCUACCCCAGAAAAGAAACCAAAACCCACCACGCCCACCGCCACCCGACGCCAAAACUCAACCGACUGGCUCGGCCUCAAGCCGAAUGAUGAACCCAACUACCUAGAGGAUGGUCGCAAAGAGACGAAGGUUUCAGCAGAGUCUCCAAAGGCCCCCUCCUCUCCUGUGUUGGAGAGAAAGCCCUCCUUGACCAGCAGUCAUACCACAUCUGCUGCAAAAAUGGCAGCAGAUUCCCCAGUCCCAAGAGAUAGUAUCACCAAACAAACCAAAUCAGAAGUUUCCAAAAGCCAGAGGAAAGAAGAGGAGGAGGAUGACUGGUUAGCUGGAGCACUGAGCAGGAAGAAGGCUUUGUCCAACACCGAGGCAACAACUUUGAAGCAAGAAGACUCCUCAGACCUGAAAGAAAAAGUGGAUCUUGAGUCAAAUGUUAGUAAGCAAGUCACACCACAAACUCCCAGAGGCAAAGCAGACACUGUUUCAUCCGUCAAGGAAGCGAGCACCUUUAUCGGACAGCCCAGUCCUAUUGCUCAUUCCACCCCCGUCAGAGAGGAGAGGCCCAAGCAAGUUCCACAACAAAACCAAAUGCAGAAUACGCCAGCUGCUAUCCAACAACAGGCGACAUUUUCAACAGACAGUUUGCAGCAACUGCUACUACAACAGCAGAUGAUGCAGACUCAGUUGCUGGGUCUGGGGGGUUUACAGCAAACUGGAGAAUAUCAAGGGUUACAGGCUCGUAUCAUCCAGUUGGAGGGACAGGUGAAGACGCUGCAGCUGGAGCGAGACCAGAGCCAAAUGAUGUUAGAGAAGCUCCAGCAGCGGCAUAAACAGGAUAUGGAGCUCGUGGAGAACACACACAAGGCUCGUGUGAAGCUGCUCGAAGACUCAGCAGCCCAGAGGGAGGCACGAGCGCAGCACGAGUGUGAAGAUCUGAUGGAACGCCUGACCACGGCAACACGAUCAGCCGAGCAGGAGCGCUCGGAGCUGCAGGCUCAGUACCAGAGAAAACUGGCCCAAGCCCAACAGGACAGAGACCGCGAGGUGGAGAGACUCCGAGAUCUACAGAGAAAAUCUAUUUUGGAGAUGAAGAAAGACCACGAGGAUCAGGUCCACAGACUGAAGAGGCUAAAAGACGAAGAGAUUGAUGCUGUUACAAGCGCAACAUCUCAGACCAGGUCUCUGGCAGGGGUGAUCGAGCAGAUGGAGCAGUUCUCCUCUCGGCUUGGAGAGCUUUCUUCUCGGGUGGAGAGCACACAUGAACACACGGCUCAUGGCUUAGAGCAAGGGGCACGGCACAGAGACGAGCAGCUUCGAACGAUGCAGGACCGUCUGACGCAGCAGCAGAAAGCCAUGGCGGAGGAGAAAACCUACCUGAAGGAAAUUAUUUCCAGGAUGGACGCUCAGCUGAAUGAGCAGCAGAGACAGCUCGAGAAGGAGCGCUGGAAGAUGACAGCAGAGCAGGCCAAAGCGGAGUCUACCCUCAAAAGCCUGGAGGAAGAGCGGCGCGUCCUCAGCAUGCAGAUCGGCAUCGAGAGAGAGGAGCUGGAAAGAGCCAAGAGCACGUUGCUAGAGGAGCAGAAAUCGGUAAUGCAGCACUGUGCAGAUGAGAGGAGGAAGCUGGCGGCUGAGUGGGCCCACUUCCACGCCCAGGAGAAGCAGAGGCAUGAGAGGGCCGAACGGGAGGUCAGCAGCCUCUUGGAGAAGAGAGAGGGCUCCAUCAUCAGUCUGGCACAGGAGCAAGCUGACCUGAAGCUUCGCACAGCGGAGCUAAAACAGAAGGAGAUGGCUGUAGCACAGGAGCGAGAGACUCUGGAGAGGCUAAGAGAUGAGCUGGACCGAGAGAAAGAGAGAAUAAGCAGCACAGCUCUGAGACUCAAAACAAAAGCCCAGGAGGUCGAGGCCUUCAGCAAGCUCGCCGCAGAUAAGUACGAGGAAGGAGAACGAGCGCUGCAGGAGGCGAAACGUGUGGAGGCAGAGCAUGAGGCCCGACUGAGGAGUGUUCAUUCCCAAACGGAACACCUGAGGCAGCAGGAGCAGCGAAUCCUAAAGGAGCGAAUGAGGUUAAGUCAUCUGCAGAAGGACACAGAGAGGCUGAGACAAAACCCUUCUGUUAUACCUUUGCCACAAAUUAUUCCACCAACUUUACCAGACCCAGUUUCAGUGUUGCCCGACCCUGAGCUGACAGCAGCCCUGAAUAUCCGUCCUGCUGCUUCGUUUGCCAACGCUCAGUCCAUGACGCUUCAGGCCAGUUUGGCUCUGUGGAAGUACACUGCAGAAAAGGACCGCGAAUACCUCCAAGAGGAGCAGAUUUUUCUGGACAAUUUGAAGAAGAAAUCUUACAGAUCCCCCUUCAACACAGACUGACCAACACAGCCAGGAAUCGUGUUACUUUUCAUACUUGAAUGAAGAACAAUGCUUGAAUUUUAUACAUCAUUCUAGUUUUAAUAAACAUGUUUCUGCUCAAA